AUGUUUAAUUUGAUCCAAUUAAACUUGAAUCACUGCGAAGCGGCUCACGAGCUGCUGAAGCAGCAGGUGCGCGAAACGAGUCUAGACUAUCUGGACUUCUGCGAAUCGCUGGACGAACUAGCGGCGGACGCGAGAGCGCACAGCCCGUUCGUAAUAGCUGGAGACUUCAAUGCGUGGGCCCAAGAAUGGGGCAGCAGCAUAACAAAUGCUCGCGGGCGCGCCGUUCUAGAGUCGCUAGCCUCAUUAGACGUCGCACUUCUAAACUGCGGCUCUCGCAACACGUUCAACAGCUUGGCGAGAAUUGCUGCAUGGCGGCUGGAUGACAACUACACAGCCAGCGACCAUGAGGCCAUCAUUUUUUCCCUUGGACAGGCAGCUCGACCACAACAGACGCAUACCCAGGCAGUGGAAUUACCAUAUAAAGCUGACACGCUUAACACCCAGGCAUUUACAGCUGCAAUUUACGAUGCGACGCUGGCUGCGGGAUCUGCUCAAGGCAUGGCAGACCAGCUAUGUGGCAUGCUGGCAUCAGCCUGCGAUGCGAGUAUGGCCCGCUCCAGACCAUUCAAUAAACAUCACCAACCAGUCUUCUGGUGGAAUGAUGAAAUUGGAGAUCUACGAAGGGCUUGCCUAACCGCAAGAAGGCGUUACCAAAGGGCAAGGAAGCGGCUGGACUGGAAAGUUCAAAAACUGGUAUUGCUGCCAAAUCCGGGACAGUCACCUGACAUAGCAUCCUCCUACAGGCCGAUUUGUCUAAUAGACACAGUCGGCAAAGUCCUGGAAGGACUAAUCAACACUAGGUUAAACGAUCUAAUCAGCAGGAGCAAUGGCCUCUCGGAAAACCAAUUCGGCUUUCGGAAGGCAAGGUCGACGAUAGAUGCAAUCAGCAAAGUAGUUAAUAUUGCUGCAAAUGCAAUCGAGGGCUCCCGGUGGAAGGCCGGCUCUAAAAAAUACUGCCUGGUCGUCACAAUAGACGUUAAGAACGCCUUCAACACAGCGGACUGGGGCUGCAUCCUGGGGUCGGUGUGUAGGCUGGAAGCGCCGGUAUACCUGCAAGCCAUCAUACGGAGUUAUUUUGAUGGGAGAGUGCUGCGAUUCAACACAGAUGAGGGCUGCGACAGUCACCACAUUUCUGCCGGAGUUCCACAAGGGUCCGUAUUGGGCCCGCUACUGUGGAACAUAAUGUACGACGGCAUUCUGAGGACCCCUCUACCACAACGAUGCGAAACCAUCGGAUACGCAGAUGAUGUGGCGUUAGUGAUCGUAGCCAAGGAUCUUGCGACGACUGAAGCGUUUGCAUCCUGCGCGAUUGAAAAAAUUACGAACUGGCUUCACUCAGUCGGUCUCUCACUGGCAGUGUUAAAAACGGAGGCGGUGCUUAUUAGUAGUACGAAGACAGUGGAAGUUGCUAGGAUACUAGAAGAAAGAUCUGCGAUUGCACUGCUUGCCCCGAAUCAUGUUAAAUACCAGAGGCCCGAAACAGGAGCGCAGGCUGCUGCUAGCGAGUGUGCUAAAGUCAGUGAUAUUGUAUUCAGCGCAAUGUGCAGCGCUUUCAGGACCGUUUCGGAGGACGCUGCGUUGGUAAUUGCGGGUAUGAUCCCAAUCGACCUACUUGCCGAUAAAGCCAAGGCGAUCGCCGUAGCUGUCAGCCGCGGCACACCCAAAAAAGAGGCCAGCUCUGAGGCGAGUAAUCGGAGUCUUGUGACUUGGCAAAGACGCUGGGAUGCCUCUAGCAAGGGAAGGUGGACGCAUCUCCUCAUCCCAAACGUAACGGAGUGGACGGAGCGACAAAGGGUGGCAGACAUGAUCAACACUGCCCUUACACCUGACAACUUGGUCACAGCUAUGCUGGCCAAAUCGGCGAUCUGGGACGCAGUAUGCGGCUUUGCGGGUGUGGUCUGUCAAGUCCUCAGACAAGAGGACGCGCAAGAAACGGAUAAGUAUGCUAGCAACACGUUUUUGCGAAGCAAUUCCCCCUGGGACGUCCCGCAAAAAUUGUUUCGUAUUAUGCCUGCAGUCCGAUAG